AUGAUGGAAACCAUAGAUCUGGAUGAUUCCUCAGACAGUGCUGAUGCCGACUGGGAGACUCUAGACCAGCGAUUCGACAUCCCUCAGACCCCGUCCACUACAAGCGACGAGGCUCCCCAGAAUCGCGGCCUCGGCCACGACGAGAGCGAGGUUGAGAGCAGUGACAAUGAGCCUAUUGCUAGAGACAGGGGCGAUAUCGUCCCUCGCCCAAAGCCCGGUGGCUACGAGAGUCGCGUCGAGCAGAUUCUCUACGAGAACCCGUCGAUGCCCAUCCUCAUUACGGAUGCAGGAAAGAGCGCAGAGAGUGGUGGUAGAUACAUUAACCUCGAGGUCCGCCGACGAUACUCAGAGUUCGCUUCGCUGCGAGAAGCGCUUACCCGUCUGCACCCCACCCUGAUCAUACCCCCCAUUCCCGAGAAGCACACAAUGGCCGACUACGCCGCGAACCCCACGAACGCGAAGCAAGACCAGCAGAUUAUUGACUUGCGCAAGCGCAUGCUCGCUGUGUUUCUGAACCGCUGCCGGCGCAUGGAAGAAGUCCGAGUCGAUGGGGUGUGGUGGAGAUUUCUUGACCCCAAUGCUAGCUGGAGUGAGGUCCUGCACUCUCACCCCGUAGCCUCAGUCCCCAAGUCCGUCCUGAAGGCGCCCCCUCUGGAUCCAGCGAAUCCUACACCCGCCCAUGCCUUCCUUCCCGUACCAGCCAGCUCCGCGAAGUUGAGAACAACGGGAGGCCCAGGUGUCGAUCCCAACGCCAUUGCCGGAACAGGCUCUCAUGUAUUUGGCCGAUUCCCCCCCGACAGCCAUAACCUUAGCGAACAGGAACUCGACCCGUACUUCAUCACGUAUGAAGCCUCGAUUAAGGAACUGGAGCAACUUUUGUCUGGAUCUAUGGAAAAGGUCAACCGUCGGACACUCAGCCAUCUGUCAGCCCUUGCUGCCGAUCUCUGCGAACUGGGUUCCAAGUUCAACGCUUUUGCGCUGUCGGAACAGGCACCGUCAUUGGGACCUGCGCUUGAGAGGGUGGGACAGGCCGCCGACUCGUCAUACAUUGCAACGGAAGAACUGUCCGGAUCGCUCGGUGCAAGCUUUGCGGAGCCUAUGCGCGAGAAUGCGCAAUUUGCGGGCGUUGUCCGCAGCGUACUCAAGUACAGAGUUCUGAAGCGCGUGCAGCAAGAGCAGACGAGCGAUGAACUCAACAAGAAGAUUGCGCUGCUUGAUCAGCUGGAGCGGAGCGAGCAAGAAGCCAAACGCAUUGAGCAGUACUUGAGUAGCAGUCAACAGAUUACACCCCCGCCGAAGCGAUCAACGAGCCUUAGAGAGGCGGGAACGUCGAACCAUCAACGUGAGGGUAGCGCCGAAGAUACGGCAUCCAUCGACUCCGACUUUCCUCCCACCCACGGUGAGCCGGCGCCAUCAGCAAGCCAGGGAGUACCGCAGAGAAGCAACUCAACGCCAGGUCAUAAGAAGGCCGCGAGCAGCAACUCUAUCACGAACAAGAUUUUCGGACCGAUUCGCCAUGCGAUUCAAGGAGUGGCAGACGUCGACCCUGAGAGGACGCGCCGCGACAUGAUCGGAAAGACCAGAGAGAGCAUCGAGCAGCUGGAGCAGGCCAAAGUGGUAUCUGAACAUGACGUCAAGGAGGCCAGCGCCAGCAUCUUGAAGGAUCUCAAAAGAUUCCAGGGAGAGAAGGAAGAGGAUUUGCGCCGUUACAUGCUGGCGUAUGCCAAGAGCCAGAUCGAAUGGGCAAAGAAGAACAAGGAGACUUGGGAAGAUGCCAAGGCCGAGGUCAGCAAGAUUGACGAGAGCUAG